AUGUUUUCUUGGCUAUCAUCAUUUUUCCAAACUCCUGAAGUAACACCAGAAUUAAAAAAAUCAAUUCAAUCAACAAUAGAAUCCAAUAAAAUUGUUGUUUAUUCAAAAUCUUAUUGUCCAUAUUGUACAUCAACUAAACAAAUACUUUCACAAAAUGGAGUAAACCCAACAAUUAUAGAAUUAAAUCAAAUAACUGAUGGAUCUUCUAUUCAACAAGGAUUAUAUGAAAUUACUGGUCAAAGAACCGUACCUAAUAUUUUUAUUAAUGGUGAACAUAUUGGUGGGAAUUCUGAUUUAGUUGAUUUAAAUUCUAAAGGUUUAUUGAAAUCAAAAUUGAACGCUCUUGCUAAAUAG